AAAGUCAGGGGAGAGGUGUAGUCACUUUUCCAUGUCACACAGGACUGGUUCUGCAGCAACUGAAUUAGGAGAUGGGCAACAGGAUGGAAGCUGGUGACAGGGAGAAGCUAGAAGCCAGAGAGGAGGGUCAGACCAGGAGGGGAAGUGAGAGUCUGAGUAGGUGUCCAGGGUUGAGGGAGGAGCACAAUUCUAUUUUAGCAGAGACUCAGGGAAGGCUGGUAUAUGGAGAAAGAAGUCAGAACAGUAGUGCUGUGUGCGGGGUAGGUUUGUUAGAACAACUGUCAAAGACCGAUUUUGUAAGAGACAGACAGAACAUCUGCAAGUACAAUGCUGUUCCUGCAACUUGUGCUGCUGGUGGUUCUCCUCCCAGAUGGUGACAGUGAAGAUGGUGCGAACUCUGACCUUAUUCAACUUCCAGAAGCCGAUCUGUAUCCGAAUCAUCCUGACCACAUCCUUUUACAACCAUUCCUGGAUGCAAAGUCAAGGCUCAGCUUGGCUGAAUGAGUUGCAGACUCAUGCCUGGAACAACAAGACUGGAGCUUUCAUUUUCCUUCAGCGUUGGCCUAAGGACAAAUUUUGCAACAAGGAGCUGAUGGAAGUAGAUGAAUUAUUCUCAUCAUACUACACUGGAUUUCUUCUAAAAUUUCAUGACCAUGGCAGCCAAUGGCAGCUUGAAUAUCCCUUUCAGGUACAGCUGAUAAUAGGUUGUGAACUGCACUUUGGAGAAGCAUCAGUAGGCUUCAUGAGGAUUGCUUAUCAAGGAUCAGAACUUGUGAGUUUCUGGAACAUGACAUGGUGGCCAUCUCCAACAGGAGGAAGUAGGGGUCAACAGGUCUGCAGACUACUCAAUCAGGACCAUGAAGACAACGAAUUAAUGCAUACAUUCAUCAUAGAUUCCUGUCCUCUUUACCUCUCAAGUUUUCUUGAUGCAGGGAAGGCAGAUCUCCAACGAAAAGUGAGGCCAGAGGCCUGGCUGUCCACUGGCCCCAGUCCUGGUCCUGGUCAUCUCUUGCUGGUGUGCCAUGUCUCUGGCUUCUACCCAAAGCCUGUGUGGGUGAUGUGGAUGCGGGGUGAGCAGGAGCAACAGGGGACUCAGCGAGGUGAUGUUCUGCCCCAUGCUGAUGGGACAUGGUAUCUUCAGGUGUCCUUGGAUGUGAAAACCAGGGAAGCAGCUGAUCUGUUGUGCCAGGUGAGACACAGCAGUCUAGGAGGCCAGGACUUGGUCCUCUACUGGGAGCAGUCACACACCACAGCCUUGGACUUCCUGGUGGUGAUAAUGCCCCUGGUGCUUCUGGCAGGUCUAACGUUGUGGCUCUGCAGGCACUGGAAAACACACUGGAGACUUCAGUGCACUGGCUUCCCUUUUGAGCAAGAUCCCAGUAGCCCAGGCUCUGGUACGUACCUAAACCCUACUCAACAGUGAUACCCUUGCAACUCUCUGUGUGCAACUUUGUCUUUCAUUUCUGCUUAAUGAUCAGUUGUCAAUAUAAGCUCCAUGUAAUUUAGCAGGAUUUGUUGUUCUGACUUAGUUCUACAGUCAAAAUUUGACUCAGUGUAAAAUGAAGUCUCAGCACUUUCAUUGGUCACAGGCAUCAGAUGUCACUUCUUCUAGUGAGCCCUUUCUGAAUCAGUAGUGGAAGCAGUUUCAGCCUGGUGAGAAUUUCCACCACUUAAGCCUGCACUUUGGCUAAUCUAUUCCUGACCCCCAGUCCUUGUUGACCCAUUAGGUCCCUUUUGCCUUUUAAGUCUUAAGGUGCUUUACAGCAAAGACCAUAUCUUUUUAAUAUUUGUAUCCUUGAUGGGGAGUGUCACCUGCAUGAAAUAUGUCCCUAAAGAAAACCAGGUGGUGGGUAUUGGGGGGGGCACAGAUUGCAUGGAGUACUGGGUGUGGUGCAAAAACAAUGAAUACUGGUACGCUGAAAAGAAAGAAAUAAAUAAAAAAGAAAAUAUGUGUUGAAUGUAUGCUAAAUUCAUUCUUUUUUUCUUUCUAUCUUGCUCACAUGUUUGUAGUAGUUGAGAUGUUUGAUGCUUUUCUUAUUAAAUGUCUUGUCACCUGGCUGAGGGAGUUCACACUUUCCCUGUUCCUGUUGACAUCUCUAGUGCCCUCAGUAGAAACAAGUUUCCUGUGUAGAUUUCUAUUAUUUAACUACAGCCACCUAUUGGACUGGACCUGUUGCUCCAAGUGUUCUGAAUUGAAAGGGGAAGGCAGAAUGCUUGUUCUUCGUAGGGUUCAGGGACAGCAGCAGGUUUGUCACCUUGUGGUUUGCUAGAAACAUGGGGUCUUGGACUCAGCAGAGACCCACAGAAGCAAUUUGCAUUUGAGUGAAAUUAGCAGGGGAUUCACAGGUGUAUAAAAUGUGAUGCUUGAGAGGUAGCAGUGCACAUUUGUUGCUGAAGCAAAAAGAGAUGCUCUAGGGAGGAGAACAAGAGUGUCAUGGUCAGGAAUGAAUGGGGAUCCAGCAAGGACCGUGCAUGCAGAGCAUCAUGGCAUCAUGGCUUCUGUGUUAUAGUGCUGAGGACGUGAAGUCAGUAAUAGUGAGCCAUUGCUCCUAUGGGAAAUGUGGGGUUGUAUUUCUGGGAGCCCCUGCUCAUAACAUUUGCCAACUGAUGACUAUCCAGACUUUUUUUUUGUGUGUCCAUUUAAAGACAUUUUUUGUUAUCCAUUGGUCCGUUGAAGGGCAUGUUGGUUCUUUCCACAGUUUGGCGACCAUGGCCAUUGCUGCUAUAAACCUUGGGGUACAGAUGGCCCUUCUUUUCACGACAUCUGUAUCUUUGGGGUAAAUACCCAGGAGUGCAAUUGCAGGGUCAUAGGGAAGCUCUAUUUUUAAUUUCUUGAGGAAUCUCCACACUGUUCUCCAAAGUGGCUGCACCAGCUUGCAUUCCCACCAACAGUGUAAGAGGGUUCCCCUUUCUCCACAUACUCUCCAACACAUGUUGUUUCCUGUCUUGCUAAUUUUGGCCAUUCUAACUGGUGUCAGGUAGUAUCUCAAUGUGGUUUUAAUUUGAAUCUCCCUGAUGACUAGUAAUGAUGAACCUUUUUUCAUGUGUCUGAUAGCCAUUUGUAUGUCUUCAUUGGAGAAGCGUCUGUUCAUAUCUUCUGCCCAUUUUUUGAUAUUAUUAUCUGUUUUGUGUGUGUUGAGUUUGAGGAGUUCUUUAUAGAUCCUGGAUAUCAACCUUUUGUCUGUACUGUCAUUUGCAAAUUUCUUUUCCCAUUCCGUGGAUUGCCUCUUUGUUUUGUCGACUGUUUCCUUUGCUAUGCAGAAGCUUUUGAUCUUGAUGAAGUCCCAAAAGUUCAUUCUCGCUUUCGUUUCCUUUG